UUGGGUCAUUUAACCCCAUUUACCCAAACAGUCUAAGAGAUUCCCCACUUAAUCAACAGUUUUCAUUUUUAAACCCCAAUUACCCAAUCUUUUCCUCACGUGCCUGUUUUAUCCAAAUUUGCUGACCCUUUUGCCCCUCUAUAACUGAAACGCUUUCAAAUUGUAACAGAAACGUGAUUUAGGGAGCGAAGCUCUCCGAGUUUAGAGAGAGAGAGAGAAUCGGCCGGGAUUGUAGAGAGAGAAGCUCCGUGGUUUUUGAUAGUGGAGCUGUAUCAUUUUAGAGAGGGAGAGAGAGAGAGAGGAGCCGUGCGAUUUCAAAUUCUGGAGAGAGAAGCUCCCUGGUUCCGGCGUGCGUAGCUCUCCGGCGAUUUCAGUGUGGGAAGCUCUCCGGCGAUUUGUAUUUAGAGCUGGUGGUAGAGGAUUUGCGAAGCCUAGAGAGAGAAUAUCUGCUGCUAUUUUCAAAUGGAGCGAGGUCGAGAUGCUCUGUGUGUUCCUCCACUGCGGUCUAUGGUUGAUCCUCUGGUUGCUAGGUGCCUUUACUCUGGCAAAGGUUAUAUGAUUCCUUUGAAUCAAUGCAUGAGCUACUCUGAGUUGUAUGAAGACAUUUUCCGUACAUUCCAGUUUUUGCCAAGUGAUAUUAUUGAGCUUCAGUAUUCAGUUCCAGGUUGUGAAGUUUGUUUUCUUCGUAACGAUCGUGAUUUCCAGAUGCUGUUUUGCUCUGCUAGAAUACAUAGGUUAGAGUGUGUCGAUAUUUCAGUUUUAAAGAUUGGGGGAGGUUGUAGGAGAACUUGUUCUGUGGAUAGUGGGUCGGAAGUGAUUGAUGAAGAUGAUUAUUUGGGUGAUGCAUUCAGGACUGAAGUUCACAAGACGUAUUUGUCUGAUGAGUGGAGUUCUUAUAUUCAUCAUGUCGGGGAUAAGUUUCAUGGUGCCGCUGAGCUCCGUGAGAAGCUCAGGAAGUAUGCAAUUGCAGUUGGUUUCGAGUUUGUUUUGCUGAGAAAUGAUUUGGACCGUAUUCAUGCAGUCUGUGCAAAUGUUGGAACCGAAGGAUGUGAUUGGCAUCUUCGUGCUUUUUCAUCAUCUGCCAAUGGUUGCCUUUACAUAACAGAGUUGAAUAAUGUUCACACUUGCAAGGGUGUAGUGAGGACUCAAAAGCACAAGCUUUUGGGAUCCAAGGUUGUCAAGACUUGCAUUGCUGCUGAUGUUAGCUAUAAUCUUUCAUUGACUCCAAGGGAAAUUAUGAGCAAGUUCAAAUCAACUUAUGGGUUUGAUAUUUCCUACAAGGUUGCCUUGAAAGCAAAGCAUCGGGCUAAGGAAGCGAUUUAUGGUUCCGAUGCAGACACGUUUAGCAAGUUAUCUUGGUAUAAGGAAGCUGUUUUGCAGAGUAAUCCCGGCUCUUCUUUUGUGUUGGAAGUUGAACCAUCGACGAAUCGUUUUCAGAGGCUUUUCGUAGCUUAUGGAGGUUGUGUAGAAGGGUUUCAAUUCUGUUUGCCUGUGUUGUAUGUUGAUGGAACGUUUGGUAAGAGCAUUUACAAGGGGCAGAUUCUGUCUGCAACUGGAAGGAAUGGGAAUCAAGGUUUCUACCCUCUAGCCAUAUGUUUUUGUGAUUCUGAGACAGAUGCAAACUGGACAUUCUUUUUCAAGCAUUUGAAGAGUCUGCUUGAACCUCAAGGAAGAGUUAUCACAUUUAUUAGUGAUCGGGGUGUUGGAUUGUUGAGUGCUUUCGAUAAGGUAUUUGCUGGUAAUCCUCAUCUGUUUUGUUACAAGCACUUGGUGGCGAACCUUGCCGGUAAAUAUAGGGGUAAAGGUAAUUCAAAAUUGAUUGAAGAUGUUAAGCAGAAGUUUUUUAAGGUUGCAUAUUCCUCUACUGAGAAGGAAUACCGUUUCAAUUUGCGGUUGCUUAGAGCAGUUGGUGGUGCCGAUAUUAUUGACCCUUUUCUUGCUGAAUUGCCUGUGGAAAAUUGGUGCCGUGCAUUUUAUACUAGUUGCCGAUAUGGAAUUAUGGCUAAUGGGAUUGCUGAAUCAUUUAACUCUUGGAUUGCAAUUGAGCGUUUGAUGCCAGUCUAUUGUAUGCUGGACCAGACAAGAAUUAAACAAAUGGAGAUGGCCGGUAAGAGGAGGGAAGAGGCAGAACGUUGGACCACAGAACUAACUCCCAAAAUGGAGGAAAGAUUGAAGGAGCAAAUGGAGAAAUCUCGUCGUUUCAGUGUCCAUUAUUCUAGCCCUGGAGUUUAUGAGGUUCGAUCUGACUUUUCAUAUGUAGUCAACAUCUCCGAUCAUUCAUGUUCAUGUGUGAAAUGGCAGAUUAAUUGUUUUCCUUGUCCUCACGGCCUUGCUGCAUUACAGGCUGCUUCUGUAAAUGUAUAUGAUUAUAUUGAUAAGUACUUUCAGGUUGAUAUGUUCAAGAAGAGCUACAGUUUUCCUAUCUGUCCGAUAACCAAUGUUGAUAUGUCUUCUUCAGAAUCUGCUUCUGAAUGUAUAUUACCUCCCCUUUCGAAGAGGCCCCCCGGGAGGCCUAGGGUGAAGCGGUUCAAGUCGGUUGGAGAGGCUGAAAAGAAGCUGAUUCGUUGUGGUCGUUGUGGCAAAAUGGGCACUCAUAACAAGUUGAGCUGCACUGAACCUCUCGUUCAGUAGUAGUAUAUGUUUCUGUAAAGAGUCGUUACGUUUUGAAUUUGUCUACUGGGGGGCAGUAAUUGGUUUAUGGGGGGCCAGUAAUUGUGUAUAUUCAGGCACUAAUAAUCAUUUUUCUUUUAAUAUGUCAGAUUCUUACAGUUGGGAUGAUUAAAAGAUUUUUUACACAGCUGAAUUUAAAUUUUCCAACAGGUUUAAUGCUUACAGGUGGUUUCUGGGGGCCAGUAAACAUAUUAGUGCCCCCCAGUAAACACAUCAAUUCAAGGACUCCUUGUAUAUUCAGGCUCAA